AUGUGCGACCCGAGGAGGACACGGGGUGAGUACGUUCGUCGAAGAGUCGAGGAGGCUGCGAUGAACCACCCUCCAGGUUCCCCAGAUCCUGUUAUUUUGGUCACCGGUGGUUACGACCAUGGCAUACGGUUUUGGCAUGCAUACAGUGGGGUCUGCUGCAGAACCGUACAAUUUACUGACUCUCAAGUAAAUGAUUUGGAUAUCACACCAGAUCGACAGCUGGUUGCUGGAGCCGGCUUUCAACACAUCCGUAUGUUUGACAUUAACUCUAAAAACCCUGCCCCUGUGAUAGAUUUUGAAGGAAUUAGCAAAAAUGUCACUGCUGUUGGUUUUCAAGAGGAUGGCAAAUGGAUGUAUUCUGGUGGCGAAGACAUGACUACGAGGAUAUGGGACCAACGGUCCCGUAACCUCCAAUGUCAACGUAUCUUCGAUGCUACUGCGCCUGUAAAUUGUGUGUGCCUACAUCCUAACCAGGGAGAAUUAUUUAUAGGAGACCAAAAUGGAGUGAUUCAUGUCUGGGAUUUAAAAAGUAAUCAAAAUGAACAAUGGAUUCCAGAACCAGAUGCUUCCAUUCAAUCAAUUUGUAUUGACCCCAUGGGGACCAUGAUGGCCUGUGUUAAUAAUAAGGGUCGGUGUUUUGUCUGGUCUCUGAGUGGAAGUCACAAGAGUGAAUGCACAUUUCUCUGCAGUCGAGCAGAAUUUCAGGCACACAAGCGAUACGCCCUCAAGUGUAUGUUCAGUCCCGACUCAACGCUCUUGGCCACAACUUCUGCUGAUGGCACUGCUGUGAUCUGGAAAACUGCCGACUUUUCCAAGUUGACAGAAUUGAAGGAGAAUACUCAGCGCUGGGUGUGGGACUGCGCUUUCAGUGGCGAUUCUCAAUACAUAAUCACAGCCUCCUCUGACAACGUUGCUCGGUUGUGGAAUGUGAACACAGGUGAAGUAAGAAGGGAGUAUAAUGGCCAUCAGAAAGCCGUAAUCAGUCUGGCAUUCAGAGAUGAAAUCGGGGUUAGUUUAAAGUAUACUGAUAUCUAUCUAUCUAUCUAUCUAUCUAUCUAUCUAUAA